UCCCCCCUUCCUCCCUUCUUUUCUUUUUCCCCCUUUCUUUCUUUCCUCCCUCCUUCUCUCUGUGCCUCGGAUCUGCCGGGUUUAUGGAAAAAAGGAUGCCUGAAGGGAGGCGGUGAGGGAGCUGCGCAUGGAAGAAGACUGGCCUCUCCAUCAUCCCCUCCAGGGACUGGCCUCUCCAUCCUUCCCACCCACCUCUUCUGGCCCCCUCUUCUUCCUCCCAUGGCCCCCAGUCUUGGAUUAUCCUCCUUCUGCUGGACGGCCUCCUGCUGCGCUUCUCCUGCUGCGCUUCUGCAAAGAGGGACCCUGAGGAGGAAGAGGCUCCAGCGCAGCAUGUAAUGCUCCCAGGCUGCUGUCCCUUUGCUCAGCCUCCCCAGUCGCUAUGAACAAUGGCUCAGCUGUACUAUAAGAAGGUGAACUACUCACCCUACAGAGACCGGAUCCCGUUGCAGAUUGUCCGUGCGGAAGCGGAGCUGUCGUUGGAAGAGAAGUCCUACCUCAGCGCUGUGGAGAAGGGGGACUAUGCCAGUGUGAAGCAUUCCCUGGAAGAGGCGGAGAUCUACUACAACAUCAACAUCAACUGCAUGGACCCUCUUGGACGCAGUGCCCUUCUAAUAGCCAUAGAGAACGAGAACCUGGAAAUCAUGGAGUUGUUGUUGAGCCACGGGAUCUACGUGGGAGACGCUCUGUUGUAUGCAAUACGGAAGGAAGUAGUAGGAGCUGUGGAACUCCUUCUGAACUAUAGGAAGCCAAGCGGUGAGAAACAGGUUCCCACCUUGAUGAUGGACACCCAGUUUUCGGAAUUCACCCCCGACAUCACCCCCAUCAUGUUGGCGGCUCACACCAACAACUACGAAAUCAUCAAGCUGCUAGUCCAAAGACGGGUCACAAUCCCGCGGCCGCACCAGAUCAGAUGCAACUGCGUGGAGUGCGUCUCUAGCUCCGAAGUGGACAGCCUGAGGCACUCCAGGUCGAGGCUGAACAUUUACAAAGCUUUGGCCAGUCCUUCUCUGAUUGCCUUGUCGAGCGAGGAUCCGAUCCUGACUGCCUUUCGGCUGGGCUGGGAGCUGAAGGAGCUCAGCAAAGUGGAGAAUGAGUUCAAGGCGGAGUACGAGGAGCUCUCACAACAGUGCAAGAGAUUUGCAAAGGACCUCCUGGACCAGGCGCGCAGCUCCAGAGAGCUGGAGAUCAUUCUGAACCACAGGGAUGACCAAAGCGAAGAGUUAGAUCCCCAAAAAUGUCAUGAUUUGGCAAAGCUAAAGGUAGCAAUAAAGUAUCAUCAGAAAGAGUUUGUUGCCCAACCCAACUGCCAGCAGCUGCUUGCAACGCUUUGGUACGAUGGCUUCCCCGGAUGGCGGCGGAAGCAUUGGGCGGUCAAGCUCUUGACCUGCAUCACCAUUGGACUCCUGUUUCCAGUGCUUUCUGUGGCAUACUUGAUUGCGCCGAAGAGCAGGCUGGGACUGUUCAUUAAAAAGCCAUUUAUCAAGUUUAUCUGCCAUACGGGCUCUUACCUUACCUUCCUCUUCAUGCUCCUCCUCGCCUCGCAGCACAUUGUCCGGACUGAUCUCCACAUGCAGGGACCUCCUCCCACCGUUGUCGAAUGGAUGAUUCUCCCUUGGGUUCUAGGUUUUAUUUGGGGAGAAAUCAAGGAGAUGUGGGACGGAGGCUUCAACGAAUAUGUUCAUGACUGGUGGAACCUGAUGGAUUUUGCAAUGAACUCCCUCUACUUGGCAACCAUCUCCUUGAAAAUUGUGGCGUAUGUCAAGUACAAUGGUUCCCGUCCAAGGGAGGAAUGGGAAAUGUGGCACCCCACCCUCAUUGCAGAAGCCCUCUUUGCAAUAUCAAACAUUUUAAGCUCCUUGCGUCUCAUCUCCCUGUUUACAGCAAACUCUCACCUGGGACCCCUCCAGAUCUCUCUGGGACGUAUGCUGCUAGACAUCCUCAAGUUCCUCUUUAUUUACUGCUUGGUGCUACUGGCUUUCGCCAAUGGACUCAACCAGCUCUAUUUCUAUUAUGAGACCAAUGCCUCCGAAGAGCCCAACAAUUGCAAGGGGAUCCGAUGCGAGAAGCAGAACAAUGCUUUCUCCACGCUCUUUGAAACUCUCCAGUCUCUCUUCUGGUCUGUGUUUGGACUGUUGAAUCUCUACGUCACGAACGUGAAAGCCAGGCACGAAUUCACAGAGUUUGUCGGGGCGACGAUGUUCGGAACGUACAACGUCAUCUCCCUGGUGGUCCUGCUAAACAUGCUCAUAGCGAUGAUGAACAACUCCUACCAGCUCAUCGCCGACCAUGCUGAUAUCGAAUGGAAGUUUGCCCGCACAAAGCUCUGGAUGAGUUACUUUGACGAAGGAGGCACUUUGCCACCCCCUUUUAACAUCAUUCCCAGCCCUAAAUCCUUCUGGUACCUCUGCAAGUGGAUCCACAACCAGCUGUGCCCGUCUCAAGACCCGGAGAAUGACGAGAAGAAGCACGAGAAUCUGAAGUCCUUCACGGAACGCCAUGCAGACAACUUGAUUCAGAAUCAACAUUAUCAGGAAGUGAUCAGAAACCUAGUGAAACGAUACGUUGCAGCAAUGAUCCGAAAUUCUAAAACCAAUGAAGGAUUAACAGAAGAAAACUUUAAGGAACUGAAGCAGGACAUCUCCAGUUUCCGCUACGAAGUCCUUGACCUUUUGGGUAACCGAAAACCACCACGGAGAAGCUAUUCCACUAGCAGCACCGAGGUCUCCCAGAAGGACGACGCCAACGAAGAGUGCGCCGGGGAAACAUCCAAAGCGAAAAGUGUUUCGUUUGGCCUAGCCAAUAAGAAGAAAGACUUCAAUGUCUCGGCUCUAAUUAAGACGAUGUCUGGGAUUGAAAUGGUGAACGAGAAACCCAAAAGCAAUGGGAUUAACAAGCGCUCCUUUGUCCGGAAUGGGAAUAGAGUCCAAAGGCUUUCUAGCUCCAAGAAGGAAUCCUUCAAGCGCUUGGGACUCCUCUUCUCCAAGAUGAACGGUCAUCUGGCAGAACCAAAUACGGAGCCCAUGUACACCAUUUCGGAUGGGGUCAUCCAGCCGCAUUACAUGUGGCAAGACAUUAAAUAUUCUCAGAUGGCUAAAAAGCGGGAUGAGAACUGUUCCAAAAGUGAAAUUAACCUCAAUGAGGUGGACUACAGUAGGAAUAUCAGGCAUACGGGGCAGAGUCAAUGCCCGGUGGCCUGUUCCAGUUCCCUUCACUGUGCUUCCAGCAUCUGUUCCUCCAAUUCCAAACUCAUAGACUCCUCCGAGGACGUUUUUGACUCAUGGGGAGAUGCUUGCGAUAUGUUUAGGAACCAAUGGAAAGACGGGCAAGAGGAACAGGUUACCACUCGCCUAUAAGUAGAGCUGCUCUGUAACCUGCUGUAGAACACUUACUAAUAGUGGAAACUAUUUGCUAUCACAGACUCUUCAUAGUUAGGAUGCCCCUUCCCAUCCCUCCCUUCCUUGCCCUGCCCCACUAUUUUAUCUGAACGGUUGAGUGUAGAGCUCACAUUUGUUUUAGCCUAUUUUAUAGCCACAUCUCUCUUCUCCCUGUAUCCCCACUUUUUAAAUUUGCUUUCGUAAACUCACAGAUGUUGGACUUUUCGUUGGAAUGGUCCAACCCUUUUGAAGAAUAUAAGAACCUAUAGAAUAUGCUAUUAGGUUUGCUUCAUCCAUCUCUCUUUCAUUCUUCUUUCCCGCUGUAAUCCUUUUAGGGUUUCUAUAUUUUUGUUACAGAAUACCGAAGAAUACUCUCAAGUCUUAUUGCUUCUUUUCCAGCCUCAACCCGGUUAGUAGCUUUGCUUUCCACCAUUUCAUGUUCCAUUUCCAGGCCCCCGACUUCUCUCCGGGGUCUUCAGCUGAUGCUCGGUGACUUAGUUGGAAGCUCAGAGCCAAGCUGAAGUCGAUCCUGGAGGGGAGAAGAGUUCAGACAGGAAUGGGCUUUUCGCUUUCAAGCAAUACGAUCUCCCAUGAUUCCAAUGGUUAUGUCCUUUACUGAGGUUGCAUAUUGUUUUCUUC